AUGAGUUUUUCGCAAUUGGAGCAGAACAUCAAGAAAAAGAUAGCAGUCGAAGAGAAUAUUAUCCGGGGAGCUUCUGCCCUUAAGAAAAAGACUGGCAAUGUUAUGGUCAUUCAGAAAUGUAACACGAACAUAAGGGAAGCACGUCAAAAUCUUGAGUAUUUAGAGGAUAACUUAAAAAAACUACGGUUAAAAACUGCUCAACAAGGUCAGGGCGAUAGUGGCAACGAAAAUAGUGAUCGAAGUAAUUCGAAAGAGUACGGGUUUCUUUCCACCAUAUCACCAAAUGAACACAUAUUUUCUCGUUUGGAUUUAGUAAAAUAUGAUUGCCCUUCUUUGGCGCAAAGAAUACAAUACUUGUUACAACAACUAGAAUUUAAAUUACAGGUGGAGAAGCAAUACCAAGAAGCCAAUACCAAACUAACCAAAUUGUACCAAAUUGAUGGUGACCAACGCAGCAGUUCUGCAGCAGAAGGGGGUGCUAUGGAAUCCAAAUACAGGAUCCAAAUGCUUAACAAAGCUUUGAAAAAAUACCAGGCUAUUAAUGUUGACGUUGAUCAAUUUAAACACCAACCCAAUGACAUAAUGGACAACCAGCAACCGAAAUUCCGAAGAAAGCAACUAACUGGCGUCUUAACCAUUGGAAUAACUGCUACUAGAGAUGUCGAUCAUAUACAAUCGCCGAUGUUCGCCAGAACGCCAGAAAGCUACGUUACUGUAAAAAUCGACGAUACGAUCAAAGCGAAAACGAAACCCUCUAGAAAUGACAGGUGGAGUGAAGAUUUUCAAAUUUCAGUUGAAAAGGGGAAUGAAAUCGAGAUUACCGUUUAUGAUAAGGUGAACGACUCGUUAAUUCCGGUAGCUAUAAUGUGGUUACUACUCUCCGAUAUUGCAGAAGAGAUUCGUAAGAAAAAAGCUGGGCAAACAAAUGGGCAACAGGGAUGGGUCAAUGCUUCAAAUAUCAAUAGUGGCUCUUCUCUCGCUAACGAAGAGGGAAGCACAUUAACCUCUACGAACUCAAACUCAGCCAUUCAUUCUACUUUGGUAAAGAAUGGACAAGGCGAAAAUACAUUAACCAGUCAAAUCAGUACGAAUUCAUGGUUCAUUUUAGAACCAUCUGGGCAGAUUUUGUUAACUUUAGGAUUCCACAAGUCAUCUCAAAUAGAAAAGAAGCAGUUGAUGGGCGGACUGCAUCGUCACGGUGCUAUUAUCAAUAGAAAAGAAGAGAUCUUCGAACAACACGGCCACCACUUUGUACAAAAGUCAUUUUACAACAUUAUGUGCUGUGCAUAUUGCGGUGACUUCCUUCGGUAUACUGGGUUCCAAUGUCAAGAUUGUAAAUUUCUAUGUCAUAAAAAAUGUUACACCAACGUUGUUACUAAAUGUAUCGCUAAAACUUCUACUGAUACAGAUCCGGAUGAGGCAAAGUUGAAUCACCGGAUUCCUCAUAGGUUUCUGCCCACUUCAAACCGUGGUACUAAAUGGUGCUGCCACUGUGGUUAUAUUUUACCGUGGGGUAGACAUAAAGUACGCAAAUGUUCUGAAUGUGGUAUAAUGUGUCAUGCUCAGUGUGCUCAUUUGGUUCCUGAUUUCUGUGGCAUGUCAAUGGAGAUGGCCAAUAAAAUUCUGAAAACAAUUCAAGACACCAAACGUAAUCAAGAGAAAAAGAAGAGGACAGUUCCAUCAGCACAAUCAGGGUCAUCCAUCGGUACUGCCAUCGGUUACGAUCGUUCUCCAUCCAAAUUCGCAGAAAGGACAAACGCUCCUUUGCCUCCUCAACCAAGGAAACAUGAUAAAACUCCUUCACCCCAAAAAGAAGCAAGAGGUUCUCCUACUAAGCAGCAUGGUCCUGUUAUCGAUGAAGAAAUUCCACUACAAACGCACGGGCGUGAGAAACUAAAUAAGUUUAUCGACGAGAAUGAAGCCUAUUUGAACUUUACAGAAGGUGCACAACAAUCCGCUGAAUUUUCAUCACCAGAGAAGACGCUAGAUCCGACUUCAAAUAAACGUUCCAUGGGACUCGCUGGUUUAUCUAUUGAACAGAGCCAAACUUGGGAAUCCAAAGAUGAUUUAAUGAGAGAUGAACUUGAACAGUGGAAGGCACAACGUGAUGAAAUGGAACUUGAAAUAAAACGAGAUAAUAGGGACAUACAAGAAGACCUAGAAGUUGAUCACAUUGACCUAGAGACCAAACAGAAACCUGACUGGGAGGACAAUAAUGAUUUCCGUGAAGCUGAUUUGACAAUCGAUUCCGGGCACACAAAUCCGUUCCGCGAUAUGAAUAGCGAAACUUUCCAAAUUGAACAAGAUCAUGCUUCAAAGGAAGUGCUACAGGAAACAGUGUCUUUGGCUCCUACGAGUACUCAUGCUUCCAGAGCCACUGAUCAACCAUCUCCGCAGAAAUCACAAAUCAGCGCCAGUGGCAAGCACAAAAGGAAAGCGGCUAAACGUCGUAAGGUUUCGUUAGAUAAUUUUGUUCUACUCAAAGUUUUAGGUAAGGGUAAUUUUGGUAAAGUUAUUCUAUCCAAAUCAAAGAAUACUGACAGGCUUUGUGCCAUAAAAGUCCUGAAAAAAGAUAACAUCAUUCAAAACCAUGAUAUCGAGAGCGCCAGAGCAGAAAAGAAAGUAUUUUUGCUAGCCACAAAAACAAAACACCCAUUCUUAACCAAUCUAUACUGUUCCUUCCAAACUGAAAACCGUAUAUAUUUUGCUAUGGAAUUCAUUGGGGGUGGUGAUUUGAUGUGGCAUGUUCAAAACCAGAGACUAUCUGUAAGAAGGGCAAAAUUUUACGCUGCCGAAGUCUUGCUGGCUCUGAAAUAUUUUCAUGACAAUGGUGUGAUAUACCGUGAUUUGAAGUUAGAAAAUAUUCUAUUGACCCCAGAAGGCCAUAUAAAAAUUGCCGAUUAUGGUUUGUGUAAAGAUGAAAUGUGGUAUGGUAAUAGAACUUCUACAUUUUGCGGCACACCCGAAUUCAUGGCUCCAGAAAUUUUAAAGGAGCAAGAAUAUACCAAAGCCGUCGACUGGUGGGCAUUUGGGGUACUACUAUAUCAAAUGCUAUUGUGCCAAUCACCAUUCUCGGGCGACGACGAAGAUGAAGUUUUUAAUGCCAUCCUUACUGAUGAACCUCUGUACCCAAUAGAUAUGGCGGGUGAGAUCGUACAAAUAUUCCAGGGCCUAUUAACAAAAGAUCCCGAAAAGAGGUUAGGUGCUGGACCCAGGGAUGCAGAUGAAGUCAUGGAAGAGCCCUUCUUCCGUAACAUUAAUUUUGAAGAUAUCUUAAACCUCCGCGUCAAGCCGCCCUAUAUCCCAGAAAUCAAAUCUCCGGAAGAUACAUCAUAUUUCGAGCAAGAAUUCACGUCAGCGCCACCAACACUUACACCUUUGCCCUCUGUUUUGACAACAAGCCAGCAAGAAGAGUUCAGAGGUUUUUCCUUUAUGCCAGACGAUUUGGAUUUAUGA